AGGCGUGUCAAGGCUGGUUAUUCACUACAUGUAGAUAAUCUUACGUUGUUCAUCCUCGGCAUGCAAGUUUGGGGGAUGAUCGUGAAUCUAAACACUGCCACCACGACGACUAUCGCCGCCGCCGCCAUAGUCAGUCCAUUCUCGGGCCGGCGUUUCAGUCACACACACACACACACGACGCUCGCCACAUUUCUUCGCUCACCGUGAGGAGGGGAAGGAAGAGUCCACAGGCCUUGGAGGAUUGUGGAAAACUCUCGCAACAAUCUGCAUAGCUGGAGGGAGGUGGGCGGGGCCCGGGCGGGGAGGCCAGAGUGCGUGCCGCCAGCGCCAGGUGACUUGUGUUAGUAAAGCCCGCCACGGCGUUGGGCAGGGCGUGUGAGUCCCGCCGCUGUUUUGAACCUGAGCCUUGCCCGCACACACUGAGGCACGCAUACAGCACGCAGGCAGACAGGCACGGCCCACUAGUGUCUUGAGCCUUUCCCUGGCACGGGGACGCGGGAGUAAGCGACAUGGCGAGGUGGUGAGCGCCGGCCAGAGGCGGACGAGCGGGUAUGUCCGGCGAGAGCUACACGCGGUGGCGAUGCGCGGCCAGCGACGAGGAGGAAGACGAGGGCGGCGGCGGGGCGGCGCGGGCUGACCUGGCUGGGCGCGGCGCCGUGACCAUCGUGACCAAGCCGCGGUCCCCACAGCUCCUCGCCCUGGCCCCCGCGGCCCAGGCCAGGGUGGCGCUGGCCAUGGUGUUGGUGUGCGCGGUGUGUGCUGCCGCGGGCGUGUGGGCGGGGUGGGCGUGGGGCGCGGCAUCAUCGCAGCGCCCCAUCAACCUGAUCGUGCCGGCGCCCAGGGGUAACUACAACCACUCCCGACGCCUGCUGAGACAUCUGAAGCCGGACGUGAUCAAGGCGUACAUGAGGAAGGUGUCGGAGGAGGCGGCGCCGCUCCUCGGGACCCUGGUGGAGGGCGUGUGGCGGGAGCAGGGCUACGAGACCACCACCUCCACCUUCACCGCCGACAUCUCCAAGCCCGACCGUCAGUAG